AUGGUGUUUAUGAAGAAACACAUUCAUUUGCUGUGUAGCAUGAGGAAGUCCCGUUUGUUUGAGUCUUUGAAAAAAGCUGUCAAGUAUGCUGUUAGUGCCCAACUGAUGAUUCAUGUGAGGAAGACGGAAAACAGCGAUAAUUAUGAUGACGGGUCAGGUAUUAUGAAUGCUUUUCAUGAUAAUAGGAGUCAUCCCUUUGUUGUUGGCCAUAUACCAAAAGAGGCUGAGGAAGGGGAUAAGGUUUCUGAGAAGUUGUGCGAGAAAUUGGGGAUUGACGGUUUUCAGAUUGUUGACAUAUCAGCUGGAUUGUCUGAUUUGUUUGCUGUUAAGGAAGAGGAUGAGCUUGUGUGCAUGAAGAGGGCUGCAUAUUUGUCUGCCAAAUUGAUGAAGAACGUUGUAGUUGCCAAGCUCCUGAAAGCAAUUGAUCACAAGGAGAACAAGAAAGAUGUUCACAAGAUUCUUAUAGAAGAGAUUGAGGAGGCCACGUUGCAGCCCGCUUUAAAACUCAAUGUGAAACUCAGGUCUCAAAAUGUCGAUAUUUGCCGCCAUCCAGAUCUUAAGAGAUACUGUUCAAAUGAUGAGUUGACGUACUCUGAUUCCGCUUCUGUGAUCACUUGUUCGCUUGGAUCCCAGUAUAAGGGCUACUGCUCGAAUGUGGCUAGGUCUUUCUUGGUUAGUCCUGAUAGUUCUCAGAUUAAAGCUUAUGAGAUACUUCUCAAGGCACAAGAAGCUGCUAUCUCUGCCGUACGGCCUGGGGUCAGAGUUGGCGCAGCGUAUGUGGCUGCUUCUUCCAUAAUACGUUCGGAGGCUCCUGAGUUGGUCGGACAACUGACAGAAUCUGUUGGGGCAGGGAUUGGUCUGGAAUUUCAUGAAUCAGUGUUGGAUCUAAUUGGAACAAAUGAUCGGAUGGUGAAGGCUGGGAUGGCUUUCAAUGUCUCUCUUGCUCUCCGAGAUCUGAAAGGAGCAGAUAACAGCAGUUUCUCAUUGCUGCUUGCUGAUACGGUUGUUGUUUGUGCUGAAGGGGCUGAAGUCUUAACCCAACCAAGUCCUAAGGCUGUUGGAUAUGUAACUUAUCCAUUUAAGCAUAACCAUGACAAUGGAGAAGGAAGAGCUAAAAAGAACGAGAGGGGGCCUUGGAUUGUCUCACAAAAGGUUGAGGUACCGGCUUUAGAGAAAAAUGAAGAAACUGCAGCUUUAGAGAAACUUCAGCUGUUAGACAGGCCGAUAAGAUUGCCCGGUCUUCGCAUUGGCCAACCUGUUUUUGGUGGGCGUGGAAGGAAGCUUCUUGGGGCACUGGAAGCCCAUGUCAAUGGUUUCCGAUAUUCCUAUCCAUGGCAAGAAGACGAAGAUGGUGACUACGUUGACGAAGCUAAAGUAGAUGCUGAUGAUGCUUCUGCUGAAAUGAGGUCAUCAGCAGAAUAUGUCAACGUCUCCCUCUUUCAGGGCUAUUCAUUGCAAGGUGAUGAUUCUGAUGGACGAGUUGAUGAUAUUUUGUUUGACAACAUCGAAAAUGCCUUUUCGUGCGUAUGUGGCUUAUAG